CAUGCGCGCCGCUGGGCUGGGGCUGGCGCUGAGUGCUCUGGUGGUGCUGCAGCUGGAGGCCUUCGUGCCUGCCGCGGGACCAGCGGGCCGCGCUUCAACGGCGCGGGCCAAACUGGCUGCACAGAAGCAGGCGUUUUACGACUAUUUGGCCAAUGACUGGGCUAUCUCAACUGGUGAGAUGCCAUGGGCCUCCAGCGGCUUUGCCUUCGCCGAUUUUCUGCCGGCAUCUGCCCUGGAGGUGGAAGCGAUUCAAGUCCUAGAAGAGAAGGUGCCGGACUGGCGCAAGGGCUUCCUCACGCCCAACGACGAAGUGGGGCUGCGACGGCGCUUCAGGGCGCUUGCCGAAGCAGCCGGCGGUGAGGAGGCGGGCUUAGCAGCCUUGCGGCGCAAUGUGGGCAUCGUUUGCGUGGGUGAGCGCGUGAUGCAGGCAGCGUCCCAGGCCCUAAAGAGAGGCCUGGGAGUUGAGAUGGCGCAGGAGGUGGUUAGGAAGAACCCUGGAGUGCUGGCCAUCAGGGCCUCAUCGCUACAGGGCUUUGGACUCCAACGAACCGUGGUGGCGGCGAACAUCAUCGAUUUCUUCUGCGGCCCUGGGGCCUUCAUCUUGGAACUGUUGAAGCUGCUGGCAGUUGCCAGUGUGUUCAAGAUAGUUUUUGACGUGCUGUUCCUCCCGAACGGGCUGAUCCGUGCCGUCUAUAAGAAGACGGGAAAAUGGAAGUUCCACCCGGAGACUGGGCUCUAUUUCCAUUUCAAGUCACAGGUGUACUACACACCGAAAGAGAGCGACCACAGAUUCUUCAGAAGGAUAGAUGAUGACGACGAUCCGCUUGUUAAGAAGAUGAAGCAGUCCGAAGAAAUGAGGAAAGCCAUCUCCAAGACGGAAUUCGUGAAGUUUGAGGUGGACGGCCAAGCUGCCCAGGAGUCCGAGGCGCCCACAGGGCCGCUUCCGGCGCCAACAGUGGCAGAGCCUCCACCCAAAGAACCUGAGAAGGAGGAGGAUGCGCGGAUGGAGGGGCGAGUCAACAAGUGGGACUCUGAGAAGGGCUUUGGCUUCAUCAUGCCUGCGGGGAAGGAGGAGGGCGGUGACAUGGGCAAAGGCCUCUUUGUGCACCGGAAGUUCAUCGUGGGCAGCACUCCCAGCAACCCCAUCAACCUCAAGGAGGGUGUGAAGGUGAGCUACAAGCAGGGCACGCAGGACAGCAAGCCGUGUGCUCUUGAGGUGCUCAUGCUGGGGGCCGAUGGCAAGCCCUUGCCCAUUCAUGCGGGAGCGCAAACCUUGGAGGAGAAGAAGAAGAGCUACCACGUCUCUGCGGAGUCUCUGGGGCUUCGUGUCCACUGUGAAAGCUGGCCCGGCCUGAAGAAGACCUUGCAGGAUCGCUAUGUUUUGGACGAGCCGCUGGAGGAACUGGGCGUCUACUUUGCUGUCCUCGACGGCCACGGCGGAACGCAGGUGGCUGACAUGGCAAAGGAGAAGCUCCAUAAGAAUGUUCUUCAACAGAUGCGGCAGCGACAGGUCCAACCUGCUUCUCGCGACGAGAAGAUCAAGACCGCCAUCAAAGAGGCCUUCUUGCAAACGGACAAGGAGAUCUUGGCCUUAUCGGAGCGCAAGAAGUUUGAGCUGGUGGGCUCCACCUGCGUGUCAGUGAUCCUCCAUGGCAAUCCGAAACUGGGUACAGCCCUCCGCCUGGUGGUUUCCAACCUUGGCGACUCGAGGGCAGUGCUGUGCCGAGCAGGCACAGCUGUGCCUGUGUCAGAGGAUCACAAGCCCACACGGAUGGACGAGAAGAAACGCAUUGAGCGAGUUGGAGGUCUUGUGUUGCAGGUACGCGGCGCCUGGCGCGUGGCGACCUCCACAAACCCCAACUCCAUGAACAAAGCUGCCAGAAGAGAAUACCAGGGCCUGGCCAUGACAAGAUCGUUUGGAGACAUGCACUUUAAGCGGCCCAUUGGACUUGCCAUUGCGGAGCCUGAAGUGCAGGUGAUUUCACUCUCUGACAAGGAGUUGCAUGGGAUUGCAUUUUUUCAGGGUCAGUGUGCCAAUCGGGAGAAUCAGGGAACCUGCAUAUAUCUUUUGAAGCAGUGCAGCAGUAGUGCAGCAGUGCCCAUGUCGUUCCUCGCUGCGGCCGGCGGCGAUGCCGGCGCUCCGCGCGCCGUGGAACGAUGGCCCUACCGAUUCUUUGUGUACUCUGCUGCUGCCACACUGGCGCUGGGAGUGGAGAUCACCUACACCAGAUUGGUGCCUAAGAUGCCACAACUCUAUGCUGCCUUGAUUCGUGCAGCAGUCUGGGAUUGUAUCUUCGUAGGCGUCUUUGUAGCGCAACUGGUGGACCUGGCAAACGUGCCCUUUCUGAAAGGGAUCGAUAGUGGACACUACCUGCCUUGUGUUGUCUUGCUGUAUCAUGCCAUUGCCUUUACCUUUUGUGGAGCAUAUGACUUGCUGACGCAACAGGGCAGUGGCCGCUCCCGGACGUUGCAUCGAAGUUUGGUGUGUCGCCGCGUGCUGCUGGAACUAGCUGGGGGGAAGUCUGGCACCAAACUCUUCCUGGGACGGAUCUGUUUCAUCGUCAGUGGAGCUGCGAUGUGGCUGGCCCUACAUGUGCUCCUACUGAUUGAUGACGAUACCACGGUGCUGAUGUUAUUCAUCGUGUUGUCCUUCGUGGCCUAUUCGGCCGCAGGGUUAGCAGCCCUGGAGCCGCGCAGAAGUUUACCCGGGCAGCUGGUACAGUGGCUCUGCACGGGCUGGGGCUCUAGGGAAGCCCUGCUGCAGGGACCCCUGAAGAUCUUGGGAGCCUUGUUGAUGCUACCUUUCACAGCUUCUGUGAUUGCCGCGCAAGUGUGGCUUCGCACCAUCAGUUUCAUCGUGUGGCUGGCUGUGGCCUGUCCCUGCUGUCGCCUGCAGAUCGCCGACAACGUCUUCGAUGCCUUUGAACAGGAGCUGGCGGUGCCAUUGCUGCAGUGCUCCUUUCUGGCCUUUGCCUGUACACUGGGAGGCAUGGUGCUGGACUCGGAACUGUCCGGCAUGCAGCGCAUGGCUGUGAGCAUCGUGGCGGCCUACUACACUGCCAUGCUACUGAUGUGGACGGCCCCAGCAGUACUGCAGGCGAAGGUCGCUGCGGAAGAACGCGCCAGCAGCUGGGACGAGGGUAGCGCCUCGCAACCGCUCACCGUGCCGGAGGAAGGUGUGGAGUUAGAAGAACUUCGCAGCAGCUGUGAGGAGCUGAAGGCGUUGCUCCAGCGCGAGCGCCACGACCACGCGGUGGAGCUGGGGCAACUCAUCGAGCGCCUGCGGGACCAGGAGCGGCGGAGACCUGGACUUCCGAACUCGGAUCAGCGGCUGCGUCAUGCGGCAGUUCAGGUGGAUCCAAUGCACUGGUUACAGGACGCCAUGGUGCAGGUGGAGUGCGGGUGGCCUUCCCAAGCUUCGCAAGCUUCGCAAGCUUCGCAUGCAGCGGUUCAGGUUGAUCCGGUCCCGGUUGACCCGGCUGGUCCUGGGGAGGACCCCGAAGCACAGGAGCCCACGGAGGCCAUGGAGGCCACGGAGGCCGCGGAGGCCGCAGAGGCCACGGAGGCCACAGAGGCCGCGGAGGCCGCAGAGGCCACGGAGGCCGCAGAGGCUGCGGAGGCCGCGCCGGAGCCGAGACCAGAGGAUGGCGAGGAUGGCGAGGAUGUCACACCAGGGCACUCGUCACAGGAGCCAAAACAACCUGCAGAUCAAGAGCCGGCAGAAUUCUCACAUGAGGCUGGCGUGGAGGAUGGAGAUGGGCCUGCCAAUGACGCACCGGAAUAGACGAAAAUUGGUGCUUUCAAGGCUUUCGUGCAUUUCUGGAGGUAUACAUUCUGGUGCAGCGAGGAAGACAAGGAGGUGACUUCAACGAACCGCUGACGACCUGGAUCGCCACCGCCAUGGGCCAUGGUCCCGGUCCCGGAGAAGCCGAGGUGAUGAUGACCAAUUCGUGGUGGAAAA